UUGCUCCAUCAAUGGCGGUUCUUGACCAUCAAAAUCACCAAACCGCCUAGGACAAAACAAGACCAAACCCUUGAAUUCCUAAUUUCACGCCUCCCAUCCCAAUUCACUCUCCGCCGGAAAAUGUUGAAGCUUCUCUCAUCAUCUUCCUCUUCAUGCCUUCAGAGCCGGAUCCACAGUCUCGCUCCGACGGGUCCCCGAACCGGGUCCGGCAACUCGACGGCGACGUUUCUCCGAGUCCUGAGCUCGCUCACUGCUUUGUCUCGGAGAGGCUCUAAUAGGAGUUCCCGUGUGUUUUUCUGCUCCGACGCGAAGGAUGGCUCCGAGCCGGCGUCAGACGCCGAGGUCAAGGAGGCCGAGUCGGGGAACGAGUCGAAACCGUCCUCGGCAAUCGUGUCCACGAACCCUAGACCCGAAGAUUAUCUAACGGUUUUAGCAUUGCCCUUACCGCAUAGACCGCUAUUUCCGGGAUUCUACAUGCCAAUCUAUGUCAAGGAUCCUAAGCUUUUGGCAGCUUUACAGGAAAACCGUAAACGGCAAGCUCCAUAUGCUGGUGCUUUCCUUCUCAAGGAUGAGCCGGGGACUGAUCCUAGUUUGGUAUCUGGUUCUGAGUCUGAGAAAAACAUCUAUGCCAUGAAAGGAAAAGAGCUGUUUAAUCGUCUUCACGAAGUUGGCACUCUUGCGCAGAUCUCAAGUAUCCAAGGAGACCAGGUCAUCCUCAUCGGACACAGGCGUCUUCGAAUUACAGAGAUGGUUAGCGAGGAGCCACUUACUGUAAAAGUUGAUCAUCUCAAGGACAAACCAUAUAACAAGGAUGAUGAUGUAAUUAAGGCAACUUCAUUUGAGGUCAUAUCAACCUUAAGGGAUGUUCUGAAGACUAGUUCCCUUUGGAGAGACCAUGUCCAAACGUACACUCAGCAUAUAGGUGAUUUUAAUUUUCCAAGGUUAGCAGAUUUUGGAGCUGCAAUAUCUGGUGCAAACAAAUUGCAAUGCCAACAAGUGCUUGAAGAGCUAGAUGUGUAUAAGCGUUUAAAGCUCACACUGGAAUUAGUGAAGAAAGAAAUUGAAAUAACCAAGAUUCAGGAAUCCAUUGCAAAAGCAAUUGAAGAAAAGAUAAGUGGUGAACAACGGCGCUACUUAUUGAAUGAGCAACUAAAGGCAAUAAAGAAGGAAUUGGGAUUGGAGACUGAUGAUAAGACAGCACUAUCUGCGAAGUUUAGGGAAAGGCUUGAACCAAACAGGGAUAAAUGCCCACCCCAUGUUUUGCAAGUUAUAGAGGAAGAGCUUACAAAACUGCAGCUAUUAGAGGCAAGUUCAAGUGAAUUUAAUGUAACUCGCAACUAUUUGGAUUGGUUGACCGCACUGCCUUGGGGAAAUUACAGUGAUGAGAACUUUGAUGUUCUUCGGGCACAAAAGAUUCUUGAUGAAGAUCAUUAUGGAUUAACUGAUGUAAAGGAAAGGAUAUUGGAAUUUAUUGCGGUUGGAAAACUUAGAGGAACCUCACAAGGAAAAAUCAUCUGUCUCUCUGGUCCACCUGGAGUGGGUAAAACCAGCAUUGGUCGUUCAAUUGCACGUGCCUUGAACCGUAAGUUCUUCCGUUUUUCCGUUGGAGGCUUAGCUGAUGUCGCUGAAAUUAAGGGGCAUCGUCGAACCUAUAUCGGUGCUAUGCCAGGGAAGAUGGUUCAAUGCCUUAAAAAUGUGGGAACAGCUAACCCUCUUGUUUUGAUUGAUGAGAUUGACAAGUUGGGAAGGGGACAUGCUGGUGAUCCAGCAAGUGCCUUGUUAGAGCUUCUUGAUCCAGAGCAGAAUGCAAAUUUUCUAGACCACUACAUUGACGUUCCAAUUGAUCUAUCAAAGGUUCUGUUUGUGUGCACCGCAAAUGUUGUGGAGAUGAUACCAAAUCCCCUCCUGGACAGAAUGGAGGUCAUUGCCAUUGCUGGAUAUAUAACUGAUGAGAAAAUUCAUAUUGCAAGAGACUACUUGGAGAAGUCCACACGUGAAGCAUGUGGCAUUAAACCUGAACAGGUUGAAGUUACCGAUGCUGCCCUUCUAGCUCUUAUAGAAAAUUACUGCCGAGAAUCUGGCGUUCGGAAUCUCCAAAAACAAAUAGAAAAGAUAUACCGCAAGAUAGCUCUGAAACUUGUUAGACAAGGAGUAUGCGGUGAAAAUGCAGUUGCUGAAACUGAUAAAGCAGAAGUAAAACAUGGGGAUGAAUUGGUUCAAAAUAAUGAUGCUAACAAGAAUCAGAGCGUUGUUGAAUCAGCUGAGGCCGAGAGCCAUGAACAAAAAAUUGAAUCUUCCACAGAAACUGAGACAGUUGAGGAUGCAAAAGAAACCGAAAAUAUUAAGGAAGGAGAAGCAACACAGACAGUUGAGAAAGUGUUGGUUGACGAAUCAAAUCUAGCAGAUUUUGUUGGCAAACCUGUUUUCCACGCAGAACGCAUCUUCGAUCAAACUCCAGUUGGAGUCGUGAUGGGUCUUGCUUGGACUGCUAUGGGUGGUUCCACACUAUACAUAGAGACCGCCCAAAUUGAGCAAGGAGAAGGGAAAGCAGCCCUGGUUCUGACGGGUCAACUCGGAGAUGUCAUGAAAGAAAGUGCCCAGAUAGCUCACACUGUUGCUCGAGCGAUAUUGCUUGAUAAGGAGCCGGAUAACAAUUUCUUUGCCACCUCCAAGCUUCACCUCCACGUUCCUGCUGGCGCCACCCCAAAGGAUGGGCCGAGCGCUGGUUGCACCAUGAUCACAUCCAUGCUGUCACUUGCUAUGAAGAAACCCGUCAAGAAGGAUCUAGCAAUGACCGGAGAAGUAACUCUAACAGGGAGGAUUCUUCCGAUUGGCGGGGUUAAAGAGAAAACUAUUGCAGCAAGGAGGAGCGAAGUGAAGACCAUCAUAUUCCCUUCGGCGAACAGGAGGGAUUAUGAUGAGCUGGCGCCAAAUGUAAAAGAAGGCCUUGAUGUCCACUUCGUGGAUGAUUACAGCCAGAUAUUUGAUUUAGCUUUCGGUGAUGACCGGACUAGUGAACAGUAAGCCCUUCUUGGCUGCCCAAUCUCGAUAUUGACUUCCAUUUUUUGUAUUAUUUGAGUGGGUUGUUGGUGACCAGAAUCCAAGAAGCACGCCCAGUUACUUUUCUUUUUCCUCCAUUAAAGAUGGUUUUGGGACAAGAUAAAGGUCAGAUAAGCUGUUCUAGGCGGCAAUUGAUAUUUGAUGAACAUUAUUUCUUUGUUAAAUUAUUGAAGG